UCCUCCCCGCUUCAAAAAAAAUAAAAAUAAAAAAAAGGGGGUCGAAAUCCACAGACGCUUCCUCCCCGCAGCGUUGCCCUCGCGAUGGACUGAUUGAGCCACGGACCCGAGCGAUCGCGCCCCCAAUCUCGAUCCCCCACCAGACCUUCCCCCUACGCCAUGGCGAUCCGCCCGGGCUGAGGCCUGAUUCGCCGCCCCUGGCCAGUUCUUCGUCGGGCGCUUCAAUUCGCCGGCGACGAGCAUCCGAUAGGGUUCUCUGAAGGAAGAUUGGGGCGGAAUUCCGGUGGGGUUUCUAUGACGCCCGCUCCCGCUCCAGCCAUGGACCAUGCUGAGGACGAGGGCGGUGGUGGUGCCAGGAACCAAAGCAGCAUGGUGGUGGUGAAAACAGAGGCCGUCUGCACGAAUGGUGGUGGCCCUCUGGUGGCGUCUCCUGACCUUGUGAAUGAAGACGAGGGAGAUGAAACCACCGAAUGCUCGAGCUCGUUUGGGGACACUUGCUCAGGAUCCGAAGGCGAGGCGGAUGGGGGUGAACCGGAGGUGAAUUCUGGCAUUUCAGCUCGUGCCAAUGGUGGUAGGCCCUCAAAGCCGCCUAGAAGGAAAAAGGUGACAGCUGAGUGGAGGAAUUCUGUUCGUCCAAUUAUGUGGAGAUGCCAGUGGUUAGAGUUGCGUAUGAAGGAGCUGUCAUGUCAAGUAUCAAAGUAUGACAGGGAGCUUGCUCUAAUCAAGAAAGAAAAAGAACAACAAGUACUAAGCAAAGCAAAUGGUUCCAUGUCAGAAUCGGUGCAGAUUCACAAAGGCCAUGGGAACAGUAUCAUGAAGAGGAGAAAGAGGAAGAUACAUGAAGAAAAUGUGGAUGCAUCCUUGUACAUCAACAAGCACCAGAUAUUGUCAUACUAUCAUGACAAACAAAAUAAAGGAGCAGAAACUGAUGCUGUCUUAAUUGAUGACGAAUGUGGCAGUACAGUUGAUGGCAGUAUCAGAGGUGGACUUGACACUGUUACAUUGCUCGAUUCUGAGAAUUAUGAUAUGAUUUUUGAGCAGCUCACUUUAAAGGACACUCUUAUGACAAUUGAUGGGCUCCAGUCUAGAGUUCAUCUGCUGCAAGAUCGUCUCAGCAAUGCUCAUUCUGGAGGAGAAAAUUUGGCACUUUCUGAGGACGGUACUCAUGUCAUGGUGACUCGGAAGAGGCAGCAUACUCAAAAGCGCUCAUUCUCUUAUACGAAGUGUCGAUAUACUAAACCACAGAAAAGGAAGAAUCUAAACAUUUUGCUGAAGGAUGAGGAUGGAUCAGAUCUUGCAGGGAGACCUGCUUUGCCUGACAGGGAAACUAGUGUGCGUAUAAAAUAUGAAAAUAGGAAUGCUGAAGAAAGAAGUGGAGAGUGCAAUUACUCGAUGGAGAAAGCUGUCACAGUGGACCUACUCUUGGGUACUGACAAUUCCAUACCAAAUGAUCAUAUUGGGGAUUUAUGCAAAGAAAACACUGACGAUAUCCUCAUAGACAAUCAAGUAGCCAAUGAAGAGUGUCAGCAGUUGGAUAAGGCCAAGCAUCUGCCUUCCGGAACUUCUUCCAAAGGCCAGAACAUUUCUGGUCCAGCAGAAAUGGAGGACAUUUCUGCUCCAGCGGAAGUGAAGAACACUUGUGCUCCAGUGGAAACAGAUAGCACUUCAGCUCCAGCUGUGGAGCCUGUCUCCCCUCAGAUCAAGCAAGAGCUGAAACCUAAGAAGAGGAGGAAGAAAUGCUCUUUCUUUACCAAGAAGCAGAAGAAAGAUGCCUCCAAAACACCUGCUGCAAAGGAGAAAACUGAGGGCACGCCCUCAGCUGCAAAGAACAAAACUGGGAGCACACCCUCGGCUGCAGCAGCGGUGAAAACUGAGAGCACACCCUCUGCUGGAACAGGGUUGGGAACUAUGACCUUUCGCUCAGCUGGGAAGAUGCGAAAAGCUGGAAAUGAACCUGCAGACAUGAAGAAGCGUGAAUCUGGGAGCGAAUCGGCAGCACCAAAGAAGCACAAAACUGGGAGGCCAUCCUCAGCAGCAAAGAAGCAGAAAACUGAAAACCCAUCCUCAGCUACAAAGAAUCAGGAGACUGAAAACAAGCCCUCCACAAUAAAGGAGGCUGAGAGCGCCCCCUUGAAUAUGAAGAUUGAGAAGGCUGUGCUGGUGGCUGUAAAUAGCAGGAGGAGCCAAAGGGUCCGGAAGCCCAAAGUUUUUGAUGAAUGAAGCAGAGAAACUUCUCUGAUGUGUAUGUAUCCUGUCUGGCCGCCAAAGUAGGUGGCCAUAUUAAAACAUAUAGGAAGAAGUGAUGCAUCGCCAUGUAAUUUAGUGUACAUAUCAGCUUGUGUCUAGGUACAAAAAAAAGAAGGGUUGUCACCCAAAUGGUUGGUUGGUUGGUUGGUUGGUUGUUCUUAACCCUUAUCUUCUGGGGGACAAAACUAACAAUGUCAUGUUGUGUUACCUCUAUAUCGGAAAUGGAAAAAAAGGAGAAAAAUAUGCCAUGUAAUUGCAACUUGGCCUGCC